AUGUUCCAUCAACCAAAUUAUUCAGAUCCAAGCAAGCACUUUAGUUCUUCCUCAAGUGUGUAUUCUACAAUUAGUUCAAAUGAACCCUCCCCACAAUCUCAGCGUGGUGCUACGUCAUCAUCAGUCUCACCAAUUUCACCAUCAUUCAAUACCAACCAUCAUCACACAAAUGAACUGAAUUACAACAGAUCGAAUGACAAUGACUUUGAAGAAGAAAUAGAGGAAGAGGCUGUACAAUACAAUACUCGUUUACCAACAGAACCAUCAAAUCAAACUAUACAGACCUAUAGAACUGCUCGCAGUGGCGCAUAUUCUUUCGAGGAUUCAAGCGAAGACGAGGAAUACGAAGAAGAAAGCAAUUACACACCAAACCAUAAUGAUUCUGGUUUGAGAAAUACUCCUAGCUUUUCAUCAAUGAGUGAAUCAAUCUUACAUGAUUCUUCCCGAAACACCACUAUCGAAGCUGACAAUGACCAAACACCGCUUAUUGAUACUCGUGAUAGGUAUGGUGAUGAAACUCCGAAAGUAAAUGCCAAUGGAUUUCUAGAAGAAAGAACUGUUCAAGAUGGUGUAUAUUCAGAUCAACAACGACAACGAGAAGUCGAGGGACUAGAACAACUCGAAGAAGAAGAAGAAGAAGAAGAACCUUCUGGAUUGUUGCCAAAACGAAAGUUGAGCAAAAAGUUCAAGCGAUUAUCUGUGGCUUUACAAAACACUCGUACAUCGGGAGAUUCACACCAGUUUAGAAAUACAUUUCAAACCAAUGUUGAACAGGCUAAUCGAAAUGCCAAACAAGAAUCAAUAGGUCUUGAAAGAAAAAGCACUUACUAUGCUAAACUCGAAGACAAAGAGGCACAUGUGAAAGAUAAGCAUGCGAAAGGAUAUAUUUCCAAAGAUCAACAUAUUGAAACAAGCUCAAUCAGCACCAGGGCAUCCAGUAUCCACAGUAGCGAUAUAAGCAUUUCUGGUGCUAGUGCCAAUGCCAGUGCUGAUGUCAGUAUGAGUGAUCAUGAUGAUUCUUCUUUUGAGAAAAGACGUUCCACUGCAUCUUCCAAUGAUUUUGUUUUUACCAACGACUUUCCAUCAUCCUACAAUCUUGGGGGAUCUAAAAUCAAAGAUGAUAUACCUGCACGUAAAGACUUGCUCAUGAGUGAAUCGUCUAAAACGGACUUGAAUGAUUCAGAUAGAUUGAAAGCUUACAACAACUCGACAACCAUGUUGGAAGAAGGGGGAUUGAAUAUAGUAUACAAAGAAGCACAAGACAAAAGAGAUACUAAGGGCAAAGACAAAAAAAAGUCAACACCCCCACCUAGUGAAGAAGAAGAUGAUUUGUCUGAAUUUUUUAUCCGUGCAUUACAUUCCUUUGAUGCAACCACUUUACAAUCUGAAUCAGAUGCGUCUAUUUGUUUAUCAUUUGAAAAGAAUGAUGUCGCUUUUCUUCAUAAUAUUGAUGAAUCUGGUUGGGGUGAAGUUACAUUGAUUGACACUUUGCAAACAGGUUGGAUUCCUAUGAAUUAUUUUGCACUUGUAAUUACCAAUGAUGAAUCAGAAGAUGAGGAUGAUAAUGCUUCGGUUGAACGCGAGGGUAGAAUUCCCAACAGUCAGUAUUUAAAACCAUUAUUUCACUCAUGUGGUCAGUUCCUUUCAAAUCCAUUGAGUCAUAAGACUCGUCACGAUCAUUAUACCUUUUCUAUCAGAGUGAUCAAUUCAAUUAGAGAUGGCGUAAGACUAUUAUUACAGCAAACUGAUUGUUUAUCGAGAUCAAACGAAAUUGUCACAAAGAGACCAGUGGUUCGAAGAUGUAGAAAGUCUUUAUUGGCAGAUUGGUACAAUCUUAUGGCAAAAGCAAAUGAUUUCAAAGGUACUUCAAAUUAUAGUAAAAUUGAAAUUUUAACAUUAAUGGUAUACCAAGUUACUCGUAAGGCAUUAUCAUUUUUAGAAGUUUGGUCUACUGAAAGCAAACAAAUUGUCACCCGUGACAAUGAUAAAAAAUUGUAUGAUGAUUUGAAUAAUUGCCCAUUGUUAAGCAAACCUCCUUUGGCCAAGCAGAGAAUUACUGAAAUCAAUGGUAUAUUGAACUCAUACUUAGGUUUGAUUAUUGGUAGAUUAGAUUUGAUCGAACAUAACCAAGUUGGAUGUGAUAUGUUAGAAAAUUUAGCCCACCAAAUCAUCUUACUUUUAAGAGAGUUGCUCUUUAUUUCAAGAACUGGAUCAGAUUACUCUUCGGAAAAACCAAAGGAUUUAGAUAGAUCCUUAGAUGGUUUGUUGUCAUUAGUUAGUGAUUUAGUUGCCAGUGUCAAGAAUUUGGUAGUAAAGACUGUGAAUGAAACUGAUGAAGAUAGAGUACAUAAUUUUGGAUCUCCCCAAUUAAAUGGUGCUAGAGAUUAUUAUUAUACCCCUGAAGGAGGAGAAUUGAUCCAAAUUGCCAGUAGAAUGAUCAGGGCUAUCAGUGUUACCAUUUCGUCAAUUAGAAGAUUAUUGGAAAAUACAGGUGAUUUCAAAUUACCAAGUGAGAGAUCAUACCCAGAUUAUAACAAAAUGCGCAUUGAGCCACAUGAAUUUAUCAAGAAAUGUUCCAAGGGAAUCCCAACUGGUGAUCAACUACUUCCACCAGCGACAACCGGAGACGGAGUUGGAGCCUAUAAAGCUAAUAGAUACUCCAUGGUUAGAGCCGGUAAGACUGGAAGCUUGAGUUUCACGGAAGGUGGCGCUAAAUUCCUACUGUCUUUGAAUAACGAUCUUGAAAAUUCAUCUCCAUUCACUAUGUCUGCUCCAGAGUUUCAACCAUUUACAACAGAUGAACCCACUGAUAAAGCCAAGCCAAGUACAGAUAUUAAUAAUGAGUUGUUGGUUGAUAGUCAUGGUCAUUUACUUGGAGGCUCUUUCAGAGGCCUUGUUUAUACCUUAACUAACGAAGAUUCUCCGCCAGAAUAUUUCUACGUCUCCGCAUUCUUCAUCUGUUUUAGAAGUUUUGGAAAUGGAAUUGACUUGAUUGAAGAAUUGAUAACUAGAUUUGAAGUUGGAGUACAAAGUAAUGAUAUAAACGCUGAUUUGAAGUUGAAGAAAAGAAGAAAGUUGAUUGCACAAAUGUUUCAAUUGUGGAUGGAGUCGUACUGGAACUACGAAUUUGACUAUAACUUGUUAACUACCUUAAUUAAUUUUUUCAAUGAAGGGAUGUCUCAUUAUUUGCCACUAGAUGCCAUCAAAUUGAUUGAAGUUGGUGCCAGACUCUCAUCUAGACCAUUAGUUGAGAAUAGACUCAAAAGAUAUAAGCCAACUAAACAAUUAGUUGAUAGAAGUAUUACCUUGGUUAAGGCUACCAGAAAUGAGGAUAGUUUAGCCAGGGACAUGGCCAGAUUUUCCGUGGUUGAUGGGUAUGAACUUUCCAAAAUCAAUUCCAAUUCCACUACUUCUUCUUCUUCUUCAGUUAAAUCUGCUUCAUUGCCAAUGCCAUUAGGCGCUGGUGCAUCUACAAGCACGAUUUUGACUCGUUCACAGAUUCAUACAAUUGAGAAGAUUAACCUCACAUAUCGAGCUAUUUUGGGUAAUAGUUGGUGUUCACAAAAAUACAUCUCAAGCACGAAAUACAUCCCAUUGGAUUUGUCAGUGUUGAUGCCAAAUUUUUUCAUCAUUUGUGACCAAAGUUGGGUGUUGUCCAAUUACAGACCUAAUUUGUUAGACUUUAGUGGGUUAGAGAUAGCCAGACAGUUGACUUUGUUGGAGUCACAUAUUUUCUGUUCCAUCAGACCAGAUGAAUUGUUGAACCAAAACUAUACCACCAAGAGAGCACAUUUGAAAUUAGCUCCAAAUGUUAGAUUGUCUUUGUUGUUUACCAAUUGUUUAUCAGGAUAUGUGUUAGAAUCCAUUUUACAACCAAAUAUCACACAUAAAGUUAGACUUAGUACAGUUAAAACCUGGUUGAAAGUAGGUAUUUCUUGUUUGUACUUGAGAAAUUUCAAUUCCCUUGCUGCAAUUAUAACUGCUUUGGAAUCACACUUGGUUACCAGAUUAACUCCUAUAUGGAAUGAUUUACAAGGGAAAUAUGUUGAGUUGUAUGAUUAUUUGUCAAGUAUUAUCCAUCCAGAAAAAAAUUAUCAUGUUUAUCGUAGCAAAUUGAGGAACUUUUUGAUGUCAAAGGAAUUUAAUGUCCCAAUCGUUCCAUAUUUCUCAUUAUUCUUACAAGACUUGACAUUUGUCACUGAUGGAAAUCCAAAUUUCAGAAAGGCUAAUACCUUCUUAAAUCAAAAAUUGAUCAACAUUGAUAAAUACUUGAAAAUCACAAGAGUUAUUGCGGAUAUUGAAUGCUUACAAAUACCUUAUGAUUCAUCUGCAAAUUCCCAAGCUACCAGUCAUGUCGCUGAUGGGUUUGGAAGCGAUCAAGAUAUUGAUCAUAACAUUACACCAGUUCCUGCAUUGCAGGAAUUGAUCUUAUUGGAAUUGUGGAAGAUUUGCCAAUUGAACAAGACUGAAGAAGAUAGAGCAUGGAAAUUAAGUUGUUCUAUUCAACCUAGAUAA